GAUGCCACUGAGAGGUUAAAUUGGAGGGGGUGUAAACGAAGCAAGCUGUCCAGGGCAGGAUGCCCUCUCUGUACCCCCCGACACAUUAGCGGGAGUGCGCAGUGUCAGGCCGGGCCAGCAGCAGUCGACGCAUCAUCGCACGUACUUUACGCACACUGGAUAAACGGGGGCAGAGACCCUGUCGAGGAUGAUGCUUAUACCGGCUGAGAAGGGCUUUCUCUCGGGCUUUAUUUAACUGGUAGCAGUGGUCCGGUCGCUGGUACUGGUGUAAAAUGCAUUGGAGCAGACCGGGUGUGCUGGUCGGCCUAGCGGAGCUCGGCUGCUGCUGCUCGCCUUCGCCUCUCCCAUUUCUAUUCUAGUACUUUUUUAUUGUAGCUUUAUUAUUUCCAGGUCAAAAUUUCAGUUUCCUGUGCGGCUUGUUUGUACUAAAAAUGGCCGGAGAUGGCGGCGCUCUGAAGGAUAUCAAUGAGAUUAAAUCCCAGUUCCGGACCAGAGAGGGCUUCUACAAGCUGCUCACCCUCUCGGACUCGCAGCAGCGGGGCGGGCUGCCGCGGGGUCCGUCUGCCGGAGCCACGCUGGGCCCAGGGGCUGGACCCGGUCCGAUACCCGGCGGAGGGGUCGGGCUGCUGCAGGGGCCCGGGGCUGCCGCCGCCUCCUCGUCUUCCAAUGCCGCAGCCAACUCCUCUCCGGCGGGUUUCUUACCGCCGGUCCGGGUCUCUAUGGUCAAACUGCAGCCAGAAGACCCGAGCGAGGAGUCGGAGCGGGUGUGCUUCAACAUCGGCAGGGAGCUGUAUUUUUACACGUACACCAACAUAAAGAAGGCUGUAGACCUCAGUAAGCCAAUAGACAAGAGAAUCUACAAGGGGACUCAGCCGACAUGUCACGACUUCAACCAGUACUCCGCCACAGCAGAGAGCGUGGCUCUCAUCGUAGGAUUCUCAGCUGGACAGGUCCAGUAUCUCGACCCCAUCAAGAAGGAAACCAGUAAACUCUUCAAUGAGGAGAGGUUGAUAGACAAAUCCAAGGUGACGUGUCUAAAAUGGCUUCCCAAGUCGGAGAACCUGUUCCUUGCCUCCCAUGCCAGCGGCCACCUUUACCUCUACAACGUGGAGCACCCAUGUGGCACCACGGCCCCACAGUACUCUCUCCUGCGUCAGGGCGAGGGCUUUGCUGUCUACGCCUGUAAAACUAAGACACCACGCAACCCGUUGUUACGAUGGGCCGUGGGUGAGGGAGGCCUCAACGAGUUCGCUUUCUCUCCGGAUGGUGUGCAUGUGGCGUGCGUGGGCCAGGACGGCUGCCUGCGUGUCUUCCACUUUGACUCGAUGGAGCUGCAGGGGGUGAUGAAGAGCUACUUCGGUGGACUGCUGUGUGUGUCAUGGAGCCCCGAUGGGAAAUAUCUCGCCACAGGCGGAGAGGAUGACCUGGUUACCGUCUGGUCAUUUGCAGAAAGCCGUGUGGUAGCAAGAGGUCACGGCCACAAGUCCUGGGUCAAUGUGGUGGCAUUUGACCCCUUCACGACUUCUCUGGAAGAUGAGGAGCCUAUGGAGCUUAGCGGCAGUGAGGAAGACCUCCACCAGGGGGCACUAAAUAACUCCAUGCACUUUGGUCGGGUUCGAACGAGCAGCACCUUGUCGCGUCUUUCUCGGCACAGCUCUAAAGGUGGUGGUUCGGCGUCGGUCACAUACCGGUUUGGCUCAGUGGGGCAGGACACUCAGUUUUGUCUGUGGGACUUGACGGAUGACGUUUUAUACCCACGUCUGCCACUGUCCCGCGCCUUUACUAACACUUUUGGACCCUCGCUGUCCAACUCUGGCAGCGGUGUGGUCAACAGCACCUCAGGUGUGGGAGGAAGUGGAGGGGUUGAGGGGCACCAUCACCCUCCGAACACUAACACCGGCACCUCCAACCCACCAACGCUCCCCUUACCGCUUCCUCGCUCCCUUUCUCGCUCCAAUUCUCUGCCUCACCCCGCCGUGGCAAAUGUCUCCAAGGGCCAGGGCACCUCGGAAGGCGGCGGGGGAGUUGGAGGAGGCGGAGGGAGCAGCAGCGGAGCAAACAUCACCCCAUUCAGCAUUGGCCGUUUUGCUACGCUGUCACUCCAGGAGCGCAAGUCAGACAAGUCCGGUUGCAGCGGUGGGGUGGAGAAGGAGCACAAGAGGUACCACAGCCUUGGCAACAUCAGCAAAAGCAACGAUAAGAUUAACGUAGCGCCGAGAAGCAACCGGCUGGACGCUGCCAAGGUCCUGGGCACCACGCUGUGCCCACGCAUGCAUGAGGUGCCGCUGCUGGAACCGCUGGUGUGCAAGAAGAUUGCACAUGAGAGGCUGACCGUCUUGGUGUUCAUGGACGACUGCAUCAUCACAGCCUGCCAGGAGGGUCUCAUCUGCACCUGGGCACGGCCGGGGAAGGCGAACUUGACAGCACAGAACGGGAACUCUCCGAGUGGAACAGUGGUAUAGCUGGAGGAGAAGCUUUGCACUCAUCCCUCCCUCUAUUUCCUCCCUCAAUCUGUGUCGUCUCCCUCUCCAUCUAUCUUCAAAAAUGUCAAAUUAGGGGCCAGCAACCAGAGACCGUACCCUACCCACCACUGCAGUAUUAUAGCCUCAAUAUAGCCCUCUGUACUUGCCAUGACCCAAACCCUGUUCCCUACUGAUUUUACUCUCAUGGCGUGCAUUUGGGUGGGAAACACUUGCUGAAUGAUUGUUACAUGAGCUAUGAAACUAAAAUAACUUAAACAGAUUUAAGAAGUCUUGGGAUAGACUUAAAGUUACAAAGUCAGGCAAUCUUGGGUGAUGCCCCUUAGUUCCAGUUAAGAGAAGUUUUAAUACUAUGGUAUACAAUGAUUUUUUUGUGUUUUUCCUACUUAGCAGUUUGGGGAAGCAACCCAAUUUCAACCUAAUGGUUCUCCCAUUUUGGGGUGGAAGAACUUAAUUGGCCUGUACAGAUUCCUGACCUUCACCACAUCCAACACCUUUGGGAUGAACUGAAAUGUUUUCUGCAAGGCAGGUUUUUAUCACUCAAUGUCUCAGUGUCCAGUCUCACUAAUGCUCUUGUGGCUGAAUGGGAGAAAAUCCCUACAUUCAUGUUCUAACAUCUGGUGGAAAGACUUUUCAGAUGCGUAGAGGACAGCCAUUUUCCAAAUAAAAAUGUAGGGUGUUUGUUAGCAGUCAUCCACUUUAAAAACUGGAGUUUGUCCACAGCCCGUUUAACCCGGUCAGGUUAGUUUCACCAGUCAGUUUAAUGGUUUUAAUGACCAGAAACAAGUUUUUUAACAUGACGUGACAUGAACUUUAGAUUUAAGAUGCAGAACUUUUUCCUUUACAUUUGUAUUAAGAAAUCUGAAAUGGUAAACGUGUUGUAAUGAUGGUCAGCAGUAGGGCAGUCUUCAGAGAGGGUUUCCCACCUCGUGCCACUGUGGGAAUAAAAAUGUAUUCCCAGUGCUUCUGCCUUCACUUCAUCCCUGAGUGUUGUUCUGCAGGAAAACUGCAACAAACAAACAGAAAUCUGCAACAAGGAGCAAACAGCAGACCAGGCUCAGUCUUCAUUCGUCCUUCGGUCCCUCCUUUGUCCGAUCCCUCCAAUUUCCCUUUCAUGCAAAAGACACUGCAAAAGCCACGGCCAUUGUAUUUAAGUUAUUUAUUUUAUCACAAGACUGUGUAGUAAUUUAUAAUGUAAAUACUGAAAAUACUCUAUAAAUACAAAAAGGACAGAAUGACCUGACAGCAAGGAGGCGAAGAAAAAACAGGAAAAAUGAAGAAUAUUAAUAUAUGAAGAGAUCCUUCUAUUGUACAUAGCAACCGCAUUUAAAAAUUGAAUGUCUGCUGUUUUAGGGAACAUGAAGAUGUCAAUGUGUUUUUAUUUUGUGUGAUAGAGUUUCUCCAGUUUGUCCCUGAAAGCGAGCUGGGGUUAAUCCGUCGAAUGAGGCGGACGCAUUUUGGGUCUAGUGGGACUUUUUAGAGAAACCGACCCGACUCGAGCACAGAGAGAAAUCUUCGGACUGGCUGCUAGCUGUACAUGUCAGUUAGUAGGUCCAAAUAAUACCAAUUCUGCUGAACAUCAUGCGUGAACAAACCACAUAUUAAUGAAUAACUUGCUCACAAACAAACACACACACACACACUUGCACAUUCCAAACAUAAAACAGCUCAUAUGCACACACACAAUCCCCUUAUGGUGUAGCAUCAUAUAUACUGUGUCUUGGACUCCAUUCCUGUUGCACCUGAAUUGCCUCUUGCAAGAAUUUGCACAUACAAUAAAUCCACAGUCCGUCCUGAGCUGCCAUGAGUGACAGAAGGUGUUGUUGUCUUGUUUGAUCUGACCUCUGUGCAGAAACAGCUCAAAUAACCGUUCACUGGAUAUAUUUAGUACAGAGGAUAUAAUAGGUGUACAUCAUUUUGAUUCUGCUUAUCGAUUUUGGUGCUUAUUGAAUCUUUGCUCAGAUUCUGAACAUACUGUUAGAAUAAGAAAAGAAACCAAAAAAUGUUCCAAGUAAAAACCUAUUUUAUUUACCAUGUUUUUAGCAGUUUUGGACUUCCUUCCAUAAAAACGACCACAUUCAUUUUAUCAUUAGUUUUAGUUAAAGGGGAAGAUAAAGUAAAAAUAUAAAUUCUCCCUCUCUUGACAUGUGCACAUUUGUCUUUACUGGAGUUGGAUGUGCAAAGAUUAGCUGAUUUUUAUGCAUUGCAAAAAAUGACAGUGGACAUUAAAAACUGCAUUGUCAUACCAUGCUGCAUGAAACGCUUAAUCAUAUUAGAUAAACUUCAUAGCCUGACGUCAGCUGACUUCUGUUUGGCAGGGUUUGUUAGUUUGCUCUUUCGACACAGAAGCUGCAGUGGCGGUUUGUCAGGAGGUUAAUGUUUCAGACAUCUGUACCAAUACAAUAAGGUACCAGAGGAUGGAUUUACUGACUAUAGUGAUCCACUGAUUUCAUCUGGUCAGAAUUAUCAGUAUUUGGUUUAUGACCUGCAAAACCAGCGGCAUCUAAAUAGUCUCACAGAGCUGUUAGCAUGACUAUAGACUCAUUUUAGAUCCCUCCUACUUCCCACCCUCUGAUUGGCUCAGCUGUGAUUCCAAACAGGGACUCAGCCAUUAAUGAGCACAGCACCAGAUCAAUUUGAAUCCCUGAAAAAGAAACAAGCGACAGAAAAAAAAUAUAUUCUGGAACCAGUCUUCCUCCUGCAUGAAAAUAGACCUAAUGUGGAUUUCAGGAAUCGAUAAGUGGAAUUGAAAAUGAAUGACUAAUUAGUUGUUAUAAAUCUGGAACUGGUUUGAGUUCAGAACUAGUUCUCCAAACUCAACCCUGCGUCUCGCUGAUAAUCAACACACCAAACCAUUUCUGUCUACGUCUAAACCAUCAACCAGAGAGAAAGGGCUACUGAGGUGUUUCUGAACAGGAUCUUUUUUUGUUUUCUGUUACUUUUAACAUGCUUCUUAUUUUGGGCCAUAACAAACAACUGACUUCUGUCUUACAUGUAUGAACGCUCACAGUGCAACGUACCGGCAGUUUUUUUUUAUCAGUCUUUGUGCUUUCUUUUGUGUGAGUUAUAGAGUUACUUUUCUGAUAAUACAUCCUAUAAAUAGCAGAGCACCUUCCAAGGCGGUGCCAAGGUUAUGCCCUUGGAGCGACAAACCACCAAGUUCCUCGCACUGUGUUGGAGCCAGUCGGUAUUGUUGAGGGUAUUAUUGUUGGCUACAUGAAUGCUUCAUCACAAUGUCUGAGAGGAAAAACUGGAUCUGCUCUCUUCAGAUGUUAAAGGAAUAAUUCACAAAAUGAAAAUGAUCUAAACCAUAGAUCCUUCACCAAAAAACAUUGAAGUAUUAACAUAUUGUUUAAAACUUUGAAUUUCUCUAAACAGGUUGUGCAGUUUAAUCUAAGAGUUUUAUAGUCAGAUGUUUUGGUGCAGCUGUCUGAUGUUUAUCUUGUUAUCUCACAGACACUGUUCACACCCACUAACCCACUUGAAAUCCAUUCUCAUCAGUGGACGCCACUAAGGUGUGAAUGCACCCUGAAGUAACCCCUCAGGCCACAUCUACAAGUGGCCGUUGAUGCGUUUGUCCACAAUUGUUGUGUGUGAAUGCAAAUGUGUUCCUGACUGAAUUAAAGCCAGUAUAUUAGUAUGCAUACAGAAUGCAAAACCUUCCAAACUCGGUGCAUACUUUUUACAUUUUAGGCUUCUUUCUAAGAGAUGUAAACAUUUGGGUGUGUUGAACUUGGGUGAAAAACAGGUGCCAACUAACUGAGAAAACAAAUACUUGACUGAAAUAUUUUUAACAUGUUAUUUACUUGGUGAAGUUGCGAGUGCUAUACAAAUGUUCUCAGGCACUAGAAAAACAAACGAGAUAUAAAAAGAAUGAUCCUGCUCCUGAACUGAAGGGCUGAAAUAGAAGCGAUCAGUCGGUAUAACUGGCUGUGUUUUGCUUGUAUGUUUCUAGGUCACACUUACUUGAACGCUCAGUAUUUCAAACAAAUAGAAGAUUCAGAGGGGUUUGUGCUAUAAAUGUGUCAUCCAAGGAUUUAUGUUCAUUUUCUGUUUUUAUGGCUACAAGAUUUUGUUAGGUUUUGAAACUCGUUUGACGUUGGAGCAAAGAUGCAUUUCUUCUUUUACUUCUGACUGCUGAGGCAGAGUGAACAGAGAGAGGCGAAGAACAGAGUAAAUAUUAGAAGAUGGAAGAGGAUAGUUUUAGUUUUUUGCUGUAGAGGCAUUAGGAAUAAGUCUACUCACAGACUAAUUAGCAGGGAACUGAACAAAAAGCUGUGAUCACAGGAGCAGCUGGAGCUCCACCUGACUAAAUUCAGUAACUCUCCUCUCACAUCUACAAAUCGCUGCGUCCAGACUGUUUGUGAGCAGAAACUACAAACACAAACAGUGUUGAGUCAAAUAUGACAAAUACCUGAGCCAGCAAAGUUUAAAAAAUUCUUUAGGAUGCCAAAGCUCAGACUACGUUUUCCUCUCAACGCCUCAUUCUGCACAGAAGCAAACAUUCACAACCAAGAGAACAAAAUCAUUUUAUAUGUUCAUUUUUAUUUGAGAAUGGCCGUUUGUUUUAAGGGUUGUUUUUUCAUUUGUGUGUGUGUGUGUGCAAAUGUUUGUGUGUAUGUGUACAAUAUGCAUUCUCUCUUAUCACCAUACAGUUACCACAUGCACCGACCCACACACACAUGCAGCAUCACACACGCUUUCACACACUUAAUGCCUGUUCUGGUGGAAGUUAUAACGGCAGAAUGACGUCACUGUAUCCGGUUUGUAAAUGGAGAUCUGUUAUUAAAACGUUAAACCUGAAACAA